AUGUCUGCUCAAGAGAUCGAAGAAUUAAGAAGAUCUCUUGAAAUUUUAGAUGAAAAUUCAAUUGAAGGGGUUAAGCAAAAAGCAGAAGAGCUAAUAGUUGUGCUUAUAACGAGCUUUUUGGAGAGCUUAGAAAUGAAAGAAGUUGCUGAUUAUUUUUUACACAUUUUACGACAACUGAUUUUGCAUGUGAAAGACAAUGUUUUACCUAAAAUGAAGGAAGAUCCUGAUUUUUCAAAUGGGCUAUAUAGAUAUUUACUUGAGUCAAAAAGCUUGUCAGGAGAUGCUCUAGGUUGUUUAGGCGAGAUUUUUAGUCUGGAAUUAAUUAAUGAUUGUCAAAGCAUAGAGGAAAUUACAAAUAAGCUGCUUGAUUCUUUGGAGACUUCAGAAGAAUCUCAGUACAAUAGCAUAAUUGAUUUAUUAGUGGUUAUAGCUACUGAAUCGCCUCUGAAUUUUCUUAAUCAAUGCUCAUCCCAUAGGAACUCAAGAUAUUUUGGAGAAGAACUUCUUCAGUUACUUAAUAGGAGUACUGACUCCUCCCCCUCCGUGAGUGAACAAAACCAUUAGAAAAAAUUGCCAUUUUUUGCCCAAAAACCCACCUCCGUGAGUGAACAAGAAUUUUUUUAAUAGAAAACAUUUUUUAUGGAAAAAAAUUUUGAUAUAUAAAUGAUAAUUAGUAUAAUGAAAUCUAGAGCUAAUUCUGUUUAAUUUUAAACGAAUUGCAUUUUUAAAACAUAAAUUUUAUAAAUUAAAUUAAUAUUUGCUUUCCAAUUUUUGCGAAUUAGGAUUCUUUUAAAUUUCGGAAAAAAAAUUUUUUAUAAAAUUUAUAUAUAAAUUUUUUAAAAAAACAAAAAAUUAACCCCCUCCGUGAGUGAGCAAAAUUGUUUUGUUCACUCACGGAGGGGGGGGAGUGAGAGUUUAAUGGUGAAAUAUCUAAAUUGCAUUCAAGGGCUAAUAGAGCAUCAAGUGUCCUUUUUUUAUUCCAAUGAUUUGAAAAUUCUCUGCGAUAUUAUUAUACAAGGACUUGAAAAUACUUCUGACUUAUCUUUAAGAAAAAAAUUGUUAGAUACAUAUGAUGCACUGGAAAUUAAUGAAGAUUUCUUGUCAUUGAAUCAUAGAGUUGAAGAAGCAAAAGAGAUUGCUGACUUGGCCAGGCAGUCUUUAGGUGAAGCCGAAAAAGUCAAAAGACAAAGUAUAAUUGAAACCUUAAUUAAUGGUUAA